AGUUCGCGGUUGCAGCUGAGUCCAAAUUUUGGGCUGAUUCCGAGAACUACAUAUAAACUGGCAAUUAUUAGAGGAAGGGUUGUUGUGCUUUGACAUCUGUCGACCGUCGGUCGUUGGUCGUUCGCUCGUGCUCUCCUGGGUCAGUUCGACGAUUGUUGUGCAGCGCGCGGCAGUCCACAUUUGAAGUGAUUUCAAUUAAGUAUGCUGAUGAGCGAGGGAUAAUGUUGACGGUCAAUGCUGUCGACAAUUAUCCGGCCGAGUGCUGAAUUGGACUAUGAAGAGUGGAUUUUAACCUGACCCUGCCCUAAAUGAUGGGUCAGCAGCAGUGACCAGUUGCAAUGGUGUUGAGCCGAUGGUAAUGGCAAUGAUGACGACCGCCAGCUGGUGUGCCAGAAACGUUGACGACUACUAUUUGGACGAAAACGGAGCCGCGGUCAGCCGAGGAUAAAGGUGUAAUUAAAAGAAAUAAUUAAACGGCGUGUGUCGCGCGCAAAAUUUCGACAACGGAACACCGAGCAGGAACAGAGAGGUGCAAGUAGUGGAAGCCGGCACUGACUGGUUUAAUUGCUGCGUCUUGAGCCAACGAAUCAUCAGCAUUACACACGUGAACACCCCAGGGGUGAAAAGGAUCCGAAAUGGCCCACGUGGUGCGAGUUGUGUCAAUAUUGCUGCUCGAGUUUGUGGCCACUUGUGUACAGAAGGAUAUAUCCGGAAUCGAUCCGAAGUUCAGUGCACCCGUUUCCAAUGUAACGGUGCCGGUCGGUCGUGAGGGUGUGAUGACCUGCAAGGUCCAAGACCUACACAAGUAUAAGGUCGCGUGGCUCCGAGUGGACACCCAGACGAUCCUGACCAUCGAUACGCUGGUCAUCACCAAAAGCGAGCGGGUCUCCGUGACCCAUACCGAGCAGCGCAUCUGGCAUUUGCGCAUCAAGGACAUCAAAGAAUCCGACAAGGGUUGGUACAUGUGCCAGAUCAACACCGACCCGAUGAAGAGCCAAAUGGGAUACCUGAACGUUGUGGUUCCGCCGGACAUACUUGAUCAGCAAACUAGUCAGGACAUGACUGUUGCAGAAGGCUCCAAUCUUACGUUGUCCUGCGUUGCAACUGGCGUACCGGAACCGACCAUAGUAUGGAAACGGAUCGGCAGCGAAGGAACACUCAGCAUUGUGGACCACUCAGGAACUAUCAGCAACGACGGGUCUGUUUUGAAUAUCUUCAACAUUCAACGCCAUAAUGCCGGCGAGUACCAUUGCGUGGCUUCAAAUGGUGUCCGGCCAAGCAUGAGCAAGCGAAUCAUGGUGACGGUCGAUUUUGCCCCGAUUGUAAAAGUACCCAGCCGACAGUUCACUGCCGAAUUGGGCCAAAGCGUUUCAUUGGAGUGUUAUGUGGAAGCACAUCCAGAUCCAAUUACCUACUGGAUAAGAGGAAAAGGAGACAUCAUUCAUUAUCCAGGUAUGAUAGAGGAGAAACAAUUCUCCGACAGCAGUUACAGUGUAAGGAUGCAAAUGGUGAUCCACCUGCAGAAGCACAGCGACUUUGGGUACUACAAAUGUGUGGCCAAAAAUUCCCAAGGCAUCGUCGAAGAGAUGGUCAAAAUUCAAAAAAGAAUAAGUAAAAUAACAAUCCAAGAUGAACCUCCGACGAUUAUUCUGGAUGAAAAGCAUGCAAACAGCGUCACGGGGACCACCGUCAGCCGGCAGAACAAGUUCCGAGAGUUGAUUCUGCGAGUGGAGAGCUCCGCGGCGGCUUCCGUGAUACAACUACAAGUAGGACUGAUUUUACCGGUGGUUCUUAGCGUGUUAAAUUCCUGAUGGAAAGUGCACCACGGAAUGAAUGGCCUGUGAGUUAUAUACAAAAAAAUAUACGACUUGAUAUAUGCUAGUGAACGAUACCAAAAAUCGAAACAGUGCACAUAGUUAUCUCGAAACCAAUAUAAUUCUGAUGAAAUUGUUAAAUUACUUCAUUUGAGAGGCUAGUCAUGAUAAUGCUUAUUGCUAAAGAUGAUUUACGUUGAUAUGUAAAUAAAUUUAGGAAAA